ACAAAAUUAAAGGAUUGUAAAUCAUGGGACUUUCAAUUGGACGGUGUUUAUCUCCGAAACGAUUAACUGGAAAAACAGCUGUCAUAACUGGUGGUAAUUCGGGAAUAGGGAAAGAAACGGCGAAAGAUUUUUAUUUACGAGGAUGUAACGUGAUAAUUGCGUGUAGAGUACCGCUUCGUGCACAAGAAGCGAUUGAUGAUAUAAAACGACAAUGUUUGAGACGUCGUAAAGUUGGAACUUUAGAUCAUGUUCAAAUGGAUUUAAAAAGUUUAUCUUCAAUAAGGCGAUGUGCAAUGUUGCUGCAACAAAAACCUACAAUACAUUUAUUGGUUAACAACGCUGGGAUAAUGGCGUGUCCAUUUUCGAAGACCAGCGAUGGUUUCGAAAUUCAAUGGGGUGUUAAUUAUUUAGGACAUUUCUUCUUCACUUUAUUAUUAUUACCAAAAUUAAUCGAAAGUCGCCCCGUUAGGAUUAUUAAUUUAGGAUCGAUAGCACACUUAUACGGAAAUUUAGAUUUCACCGAUUUAAACUGGGAAAGAAGGAAAUAUAGUUCAACGAAAGCCUACGCCCAAAGCAAAUUGUGCAUGAUAUUGUUCACCAGGGAACUCGCUAAGAGAUUAUAUUACAAGAAUAUUCAUGGUAUCAAUGUUUACGCCGUCCAUCCCGGAGUUGUUAAAACAAAUUUAUAUCGAUUUAUUGAAGAUAACAUAUCCGUUCUUUUAAGUCGAUUCACCAGUAGAGGGAUAUUCAUGAAAACCCCCGAAGAGGGGGCCCAAACAACCAUUUAUUGCGCCGUUGAAGAAGACCUCCAAAACGAAACCGGGUUUUAUUACGCUGAUUGUAAGAGACAUUGGGCCGCUGGUAAAGCCACUCAUAGAGGGGACGCCGAAAGAUUAUGGAUUGAAAGUUUAAAGUAUUGUAAAUUAGAAAAUUAUGAUCCUUUUAAAAUAACAUAACCUAAA